AGGAUUGAAGAAGGGAUGGCUGCGGCCACUACUCCAAAGCAAGCCUGGCCCCCGUGGCCCCCCAUCUUUUUCCUGCUCCUCCUGUCUGGGGGGAGCAGCGGCGGCUGCCCUGCUGUGUGUGACUGCACCUCCCAACCCCGGGCAGUGCUCUGUGCCCAGCGGCGACUGGAGGCUGUACCAGGGGGACUCCCGCUGGACACCGAGCUCCUGGACCUGAGUGGGAACCGCCUAUGGGGGCUUCAGCGGGGAAUGCUCUCCCACCUGGGCCUGCUCCGGGAACUGGACCUCAGCUAUAACCAGCUGUCCACCCUCGAGCCAGGGGCCUUCCAUGGUCUGCAGGGCCUGCUCACCCUGAGGCUGCAGGGCAACCGUCUGCGAAUCAUGGGCCCCGGGGUCUUCUCAGGCCUGUCUGCCCUCACGCUGCUGGACAUUCGCCUCAACCAGAUUGUCCUCUUCCUCGAUGGAGCUUUCGGGGAGCUAGGCAGCCUCCAGCAGCUUGAGGCUGGGGACAACCACCUGGUGUUUGUGGCUCCGGGAGCCUUUGCUGGACUGGCCAAGCUGAGCACCCUCACCCUGGAGCGUUGCAACCUCAGCACCGUGCCUGGCCCGGCCCUGGCCCGCCUCCCAGCGCUAGGGGCCCUAAGGCUCCGAGAAUUAGAUAUUGGGAGGCUGCCGGGAGGGGCGCUGCGAGGGCUGGGGCAGCUAAAGGAGCUGGAGAUCCAUCACUGGCCAUCUCUGGAGGCUCUGGAGCCUGGGAGCCUGACUGGGCUCAAUCUCAGCAGCUUGGCCAUCACCCGCUGCAAUCUGAGCUCGGUGCCCUUCCAAGCGCUGCACCACCUGAGCUUCCUCAGGGUCCUGGAUCUGUCUCAGAAUCCCAUCUCUGCCAUCCCGGCCCGGAGGCUCAGCCCCCUGGUGCGGCUCCAGGAGCUCCGACUGUCAGGGGCAUGCCUCACCUCCAUCGCUGCCCACGCCUUCCAUGGCUUGACUGCCUUCCACCUCCUAGACGUGGCGGAUAACGCCCUUCAGACACUGGAGGAAACAGCCUUCCCUUCUCCAGACAAAUUGGUCACCCUGAGGCUGUCUGGUAACCCCCUGACCUGUGACUGCCGCCUCGUCUGGCUGCUCCGGCUCCACCGCCACCUGGACUUUGGCACGUCCCCCCCUGCCUGUGCCAGCCCCCAGCACGUCCAGGGGAAGAGUCUGAGGGAGUUUUUAGACAUCCUACCUCCAGGGCACUUCACUUGCCAACCAGCCCUGAUCCGAAAGUCCGGGCCACGAUGGGUCAUUGCAGAGGAGGGGGGGCAUGCCGUUUUCUCCUGCUCUGGAGAUGGAGACCCAGCCCCCAUCGUCUCCUGGAUGAGGCCUCAGGGGGCUUGGCUGGGAAGGGCCGGGAGAGUAAGGGUCCUGGAGGAUGGGACGCUGGAGAUCCGCUCCGUGCAGCUACGAGAUAGAGGGGCCUAUGUCUGUGUGGUCAGCAAUGUAGCUGGGAAUGACUCCCUGAGGACCUGGCUGGAAGUAAUCCAAGUUGAACCACCAAAUAGCACUCUCUCUGACCCCAACAUCACCAUGCCAGGGAUCCCAGGGCCUUUCUUGCUGGAUAGCAGAGGCAUAGCUAUGGUGCUGGCAGUCGGCUUCCUCCCCUUCCUCACCUCAGUAACCCUGUGCUUUGGCCUCAUUGCCCUCUGGAGCAAAGGCAAAGGCCAGGUCAAACAUCACAUGACCUUUGACUUUGUGGCACCCCGAACCUCUGGGGAUAAGAACUCUGGGGGUAACCGGGUCACUGCCAAGCUCUUCUGACCUUUCCUUCCACACUGGGGACCCAUCCAAGAGGGGAAGAGGACCAAGGCUGCUUGGACCAGAUGCUAGUCCCAAACAGCAUAGAUCUCGCACACCUCCUGCCUGCACCAUGCCAGCAGCUAAUGCUGCCUCCUGAUAGCCUGCCUCCUUGUGCUUUUGCAGUUUGAGGAUAGCAUUGUCAUCUCUUCCCUGAGUGUCCCGGGAAGCUGAAGA